AUGGACGAUUGUGCUAUCGUAAGUUUUCUCGAGCCGAUAGGUUUAAUGCAAUAUUUGGAGACUUUCCAGACCAAGGGUUAUGACAGGGAAUCGGACUUCUGUCGCUUGACCGAUACGUCCCUGGAUGAUUUGGAAAUUACGGACAUUGACCACCGAAAUGCAUUACUACACGGAGCCGAGCAGUAUGUGCAGUCAGACCAGUACAAAGUUUACCAAUUUUUAAAAGACAACGACUUGGAGUAUUAUUACAAACAUUUUAUUAGCAGUGAGUACACGACAAUUGAAAGCUUAUCCAGGAUUGAUGUCAACAGAGAAACGUUGGACGACUUAGAAAUCACUUUACCUGGUCACAAAAGGCGUUUGGAAAAUGCCAAGUUUAUGGUUGACUCGGGAAGUGAUGUGGUGACGGCCCGCCAGGAGGUGCUGGACCAAUUAGACUUGGAACUAAUCGGUUCCAUCGAAAGUAAAGGUGUGCACGCCACGGUGGAAAAACAGCUUUACAAAGCAGUGUUGGGGAUUGGUCAAAUCGAUAUCUCGAUUGAGGUUAUGGCACAGUCAUACGAUUCAAUUGGAAACAGGGUACUGAGACACUUCCGCCAUUUCAUCGACUCGAAGCGGCACAUCUGGCUGAAGGGUGACAAACUGGAUACAUCAUCACCUUUCCCUAUCGGCGCUUCUCUUUCGAGCUCCCGGAGCGCUGGGCCGUCAACUUCUGCCAAGGAGAUGUCAGAAGAACUCAUACCGCCACUUAGCCGGGAAGAAUCGACGAUGUCGACCACACAAGCUAGCGAGAGUACGAAAGAACACAAACAAAGCCAACAAAAAAACUGAGCACGAAUUUUGACGAUGGAUAUAAUCAAAUUAUAACUUAAAUAUAUUUAUAUGUUUUGUAAAUAGAUUUUAUUGUAAAUAUAUUUUUAACAGUGACACUAUUUUCUAGUUUUUAGAUAAUAAAUACUGUAUAACUAUUAA